CCUUGUGUGGUACGCCGGUCCCAAGCCCGGAUAAAGGAGGAGGGAGUACCCUAAACCGAGGUGUUAUGCGACCCGUGCCUAUCGGUCUGGUUUGCAGUCAGGGGAAACCGGCUGUAUUCUUACGGAGCCUUGCUAAUACCUGGGCACCUUGGCAAGUAUACAAGCCCUUACCACAUGACUGGGGGCUAUGAUGUGGUGGAUCUUAAAUCCCCUACACUCGUGGGAAACAAAUGAACUAUUCUUUAAACUAUUCUAAAUACACAAAUACACAAGGACAAACGACAAUUAAUGGAAAAGGUCAUAACAAAAAUCUUAAACAACAUGAUGUGACGAGUGCGGUCAAUUCCGCAUCCGUAAACAUUAAUAAAGACAGGCUGAAGGAAAGCGGAACAGCUACGUCCAAACGUAGACAUAAUCGUAAAAGGAUGUGUUAUAAAAUGGUGGACAAAUUGAGUAAAUUAGAUACAAACUCUUUAAGCGAAGAUCAAAAAUCUACGUUAAUAUGGGCAAAGAGCGUUAUAGAAAGCUAUGAUGCUAAUCCAAGUACUAGCGAUCGUGACAAACAUGUCUCUAACAGUGAUUUAUGGGAACCGCUUGAUAAAAUAAAGCGUUCAACAGAUGAUAAGCCAAUAGCUAAAUGGCCAAGGGUAACUAACAGCGUACUUGACAAACAUGUCUAUAAUAGUGUUUUAUCGAAACCGCUUGAUAAAAUAAUGCGUUCAACAGAUGUUAAGUCAAUACCUAAACAACCAAGGGUACCUAACGGCAUUGAUCCAGUAGCUAACAGCGAUCUUUUUACAGAUAAACAUAUCACCAACAAAGAAUUAUCUGAUAAAAGUAUUUGCUCAACGAAUGAAAAGCCAUUAUCUAAACGGUCAAAGGAAACUAACAGCGACCGAGGCAAACAUGUCACUAAGAGAGAUUUGUCGGAACCGCUUGGUAAAAUAACAUAUGAUAAGCCAUUUCGUAAACGGCCAAAGAUAACUAACAGCAUUGAUCCAGUAGUCGUCCAUAAACCUUUUGUUGAGAUCGCCGAAAACAAAAUUGUAAUGGCGGUCAUAAACAGAAGCAAUGCUGAUUUUUGUAUUCCUAGGAACAAAUGGAGUGAGAUCGAGGAAAAACUUGUCGAUACCUUCUACCAGGUACUUGGAAAUAAACCAAUUGCUGUUCCUCUCGUUCGUGACGCAGGCUGGUACCAGGGCAGAGUGAAGCUGAUGGCUUUUGGAGACCAAAGAUCAGCUAUGUUGUACAAAGAGGCGGUCAAUAGACUGUAUGAAAUCUGGCCAGGUGCUAAAUUAGAUGUUGUGCCUAGGAGAGAAAUUCCCUCCAUGCCUAGAGCUCAGGCUUGGAUUCCGGCAAAACCCACAAACGCUAAUGCGACACUGCAAUUGUUGAAGGACUGCAAUCCAGGUCUUCCAACUCAUAAUUGGAAGAUCUGGAAGUUUGGAAAAGCUGAAGGAAAUCGUCGACAAGUGGUAGUUAUAUUAAAUGCCGAAACUCUACCACACUUAGCAAAGUCUGACAAUGUGGUGUCAUACGCCUGGGGUCAGAUACAGCUAAACGUUUAUAAAGGUGAUCUAGCAGUUGCUGGUACAGAGUCCAAUUUUGUAGGUAGUAAAUAUGAAGAUGGUUAUACAACUACCGACUCUGACUUCCACUCCGAUACCGGUGAGGACAUUGACUUCUCUCUUUACGGAGAUAAUGAAGCCUAUAGUACGUUGAUAAAUAUCGAGUCAGUUGACGAUGAUGCGGCUUCUACAACUGAAUCUAAGCCUCUAUUUACUAGACAAAGGUAUAUUUAGCCCUCACUCAAGGACCCUUAGGGUUGAGGAUUACAGGUUUUAAGCUCCUCACUACCAACUAUUGAGUUGACGCGACGUAACAAUUUGUCGCCAUCUAAUAUGGGCAACCAUGAUAAUUUUAUAAAAGUACUUACAUGUCCGCUUUAUUUUAGCAAAAUCUUCAUACCGAGAGGAAGGAUGUACGAAUUUACAUAUCGACCCCAAACAGCGAAAAUAUCGAGCCCCAACCGCAAACAAAUUUUAAGUUCAGAACAACUACAUUGUUGGUUAAGAUAAUUAUGCGGUUAUGUCUCGAUAUGUAUACGACUUUCGUUGACCGUUACAAUUUUAUAGUAUAACCAAAUUUAACUUAAGUGCACACACUUCAAACAUGCAAACAAUCACAAAAAUUCUUAUCCUGUAAAUUUUGUUGUUAUGCAGUUAAGUUUUUUUCGUUCUUAGGGUUCGAUGUACUGGGGCCGAAUUACCGCAUUCGAUAUCGAAUAAAAUUGAUCGUAAUUUUCUUAUGGCAUUCGAUAUCGAGCAAGAAAUUUAAUACAUUUUAUUAUAAUUUUGAUAUCGAAAUCAUGUUUCGAUACAAAAGCUUAUUCGAUCACGAAUGCUGUAAUUUGGACCCUGGUAAAAAUGGCAAAUAUAAUAAAUAUGUAAUAAUCAUUCAGUUACGAAAUGAUACUAUUUA